UGUUGGGUGUCAGUUAUGCUUACUAAUGGCAAGGAAGAAGUGACAAGAUCUUGCAUGUCUGUCCCAGAGCUAAAAGCACAGGUUUACUGCCGCAGUUCAAACAAUAUUACUAGGACAGAGUGUUGCCUCUCAGAUUUCUGUAACAAUAUAACACUCCGGCUGCCUCCAGCAACUGCAAGUGCAGCCCCUUUGGGCCAUGUGGAACUUACAGCAAUAAUCACUGUACCAAUAUGUCUCUUGUCGAUAGCAAUAAUGCUUACUGUGUACAGCUGCUAUGGACGACAUAGUUCUCACAAAAAAAGGAAGCGGCAAUGUAUAGAAGAACCUCUUGCAGAAUGCAGCAUAGAUAAUUCUGGAAAAUCUUUGAGGGACUUAAUCUAUGACAUGUCAACCUCCGGAUCAGGAUCAGGUUUACCUCUGCUUGUCCAAAGAACAAUUGCAAGGACCAUUGUUGUUCAAGAAAUUGUUGGCAAAGGAAGGUUUGGGGAGGUCUGGCGUGGAAAAUGGUGUGGGGAAGACGUGGCUGUAAAAAUUUUCUCUUCCAGAGAUGAAAGAUCCUGGUUUAGAGAAGCUGAAAUCUACCAAACUGUGAUGCUAAGGCAUGAAAAUAUUCUUGGCUUCAUUGCUGCUGACAAUAAAGAUAAUGGCACUUGGACACAGCUCUGGCUUGUUUCUGAAUUCCAUGAGCAAGGCUCACUAUUUGAUUACCUGAUUCAUAACACUGUGACUAUUGGUGGGAUGAUAAAACUGGCAUUAUCCAUUGUCAGUGGCCUGGCACAUUUACAUAUGGAAAUAGUUGGCACUCAAGGCAAACCAGCUAUUGCACAUAGAGAUCUAAAGUCAAAAAAUAUUCUUGUUAAAAGAAAUGAGACUUGUGCCAUUGCUGACCUAGGUCUGGCUGUGAAACAUGAUUCACUGACCAAUACAAUAGAUAUUCCCCAAAAUCCAAGAGUUGGCACAAAGAGGUAUAUGGCUCCAGAAAUACUCGAUGAUUCCAUUAACAUACAUCACUUUGAGUCAUUCAAAUGUGCAGACAUCUACUCACUUGGCUUAGUGUUUUGGGAAAUAGCCAGGAGAUGUUCAGUGGGAGGAGUUGUGGAUGAAUAUCAGUUGCCUUUCUAUGACUUGGUGCCAUCUGACCCCUCGUUGGAAGACAUGAGAAAAGUUGUUUGUGAACAGAAACUUCGACCCAACAUCCCAAAUCAAUGGCAAAGUUUUGAGGCGCUACGUGUAAUGGGGAGGAUAAUGCGUGAAUGUUGGUAUGCAAACGGAAAAGCAAGAUUAACUGCCCUUCGUAUAAAGAAAACUAUGUCUCAGCUGUGUGUUGAGGAGGAUUUUAAAGUGUAACUCAGUAGUUGCAAAACUACAAGCAUGGAAAUAUUUGUGUGGGUUUGUUAUAUCUGUGUUUUCUGCUACCUCAGUAAUAGUGCCACAUGUGAACACUAAGAAAAAAAAAGAUUUGUGGUA